UUCACCUCACAGCUUCCACACACACACCUGAGAUUCCUGAAAAGUCAGUGCUCCCUCACACAACAUACAAACUCCACUCUUUUUUGGAGAGACGUUUUUACUUGACUGUCACGUCCAGAAAGCAGCAUGACGUUCUUCAAGAGGUUCUUCAAUGAUGCUGACCUCAAAGACCGCUUUUCUGAGGAUGAGGGUCAGGGGAAGUACCACGGCACAGUGGCUCCAUACCCAAACUUCGACCCCAACAAUGACGCCUCAGUCCUGGAGAGUGCCAUCGAAGCCAGAGGCGUGGACGAGGACGUGAUCAUCUCUGUGCUGGUGAAGAGGAGCAAUGAGCAGAGGCAGAAGAUCAAGGCUGCAUACAAGGCCAGUACUGGGAAGUGCCUGGAAAAAGAGCUGAAGUCUGCUCUGAAAGGAGACCUGGAGGACGUGGCCCUGGCUCUGCUCAUGACUCCAGCUGAGUUUGACGCCUUCUGCAUCAGGGAGGCCACCAAGCGUUUAGGAACAGAUGAAGAUGUUCUGGUGGAGAUUCUGGCAACAAGAUCCAGAGCGGAGAUCCAGGAGAUCAGUAGGGUCUUCAAACAAGAGUACCGUCAUGAGCUGGAGGAGGUGUUGAAGAAAGAGGCCAAAGGGGACUUUGAGAAGGCCCUCCUGGCUCUGUAUAAGUCCAGCAGAAGCACCAGUAAAGCGGUGGACAUGCAGCUGGCCAAGAAGGACGCAGAGACUCUGUUUGAGUCAGGAGAGAACCGGAGAGGGACCGAUGUGGACACCUUCAUCGAGAUUCUGACCACUCGCAGUAAAGCCCAGCUCGCCAAGACGUUCCAGGAAUACGCCGCUGUGAGUGACCGGUGCCUGCCCAAGGCCCUGAAGUGCGAGCUCAGGGGGGACAUCGAGGACUGCCUCAUCGACAUCGUCAAAGUGUGCUGGAACACUCCGGCUUUCUUCGCUGAGAAACUGCACGAGGCCAUGAAGGGCCAUGGCACAUGUGAGAAGUCUCUGAUCCGAGUGCUGGUGAGCCGCUCUGAGGUGGACCUGAGGAAGAUCGUGGAGGAAUACUACUCCAUGUAUGACCGCCAUCUGCAGGAGGACAUUAUGAAGGACACAAGGGGACACUACGAGAAGGUGCUGCUGGGAGUGUGUGGACCCAAGUGAUCCUGGUCCACCUCCACCUGUCCAUCUCCAGCAGGGAUGUCCAACCAUCUCCCACUGAAGGAAGAAGAGGAAGAGACAAAUGAUUACUUUCUACCCACGUGAAUAGAUUCUGAUGACGCAGUAUCUACCUUUAGUCAACUUAUGUUAAAGCAAAACACAAGCAAUUUCAAAAGGAGUAAAAUAAACAUGUGAAAAAAUA